GAAGAGCGACGCAAGGACUCGCGUGCGAGUCGGUCGGUCUCCGUCGGGCAUUCGUCAUGCAGCAUCCAAAUUCACCUCGAACUUCCACCGACGACAAAGACAGUCUCAAGUCCGUCCGCCCAGCCGUGCAUGCAGACGGCCUCAACGUUCGCAGUCGUUCCCGAAAAGGAAAAAGGCCUCAACUCAAAAUGCCUUCCGUCUCCACAUCCCAUCUCCGCUCCCUGCCACUCAUCACUUUUCUUACCCUCCUCCUCCUCCUCACCCUCCUACGGCCAUUCGUAAGCGCAAACAAGCCCAAGUUCGGCGUGGACGGCAACUACCUCGACUACGCAGCCGCCGCCCAAUACGGCCGCUCGCAUCUCCACGACAGCCCCCCCACCUCCGCCUCCACUCCGCCAUUCACCGACACCAGCCCCGACCACAGCCUCCCCAGCGAGUACGAAGACCUCCUCUAUUUCUUCUCUCUCUCCGACCGCAACGGCGACCACCACCUCGACGGUCAUGAGCUGCGACAGACCUACACGACCGCGGGCGGGACCGCCGAGUUGCCGCCAAAGGAGUAUAGGUUGCCGCUGGAGGAGGUCGAGAGUAUGAUUGAUCAUACGCUGUUGGAGGAUGAUACGGAUGGGGAUGGGAGGAUUAGUUGGGGGGAGUAUUUGGCGAGUCAGGUUUAUCAUCAGAAGAUUUAGCGAGGGGGGAGGGAUUCCGGAGGUUGUCGGUUGGCAAAGAUUGAAAGAUGGGACAGGGAUCUCACAGGGAGUCUCUGCGCUGGUCUGCCUCACGGUUUGCUCGUCGUUGGAAAGGCAUCGCGUUUUUGGCUCUCCAGGAAGAGCCAUACAGUGACACUGCUGAAGGAAAACGGAUGCUUUCGCCUCAUUUCGUCCAAAUUUGUGGUCCACGACCGAUCGCAACUGCCGAGAAAGGCGUUACAGAAGAAAGAAAAGCUC